UCAAGGAAAACUGUAGUAGUAACAAAAUGGCGCAAGACAGAAUCAGAUUUGGCGCCACUUUUCAUCGCCUCCUCCCCACCAUCUUUGACCUGUGCAAACGCCGUCGCCCAACUCCACCUCUUAAAAGCGCAACCCCUCUCGUCUCGCCGAGAUCGAGCUCGCGGCGCGCUCGACACGACACCGGAGCAAGCAGAGAGAGCGCGACUGCACGCGGCGCCAUGCUGAUGGGCGUCGCCGUCGCCUACGCCGCCAUGGCCGUGGUGGCGCUGCGACUGGCGCUGUCGCACAAGUCGGCGCUGUACGCGGUGCGCCGCCUGUGGCGGUGGGCCGACGAGUGGGCGCAGGCGUACCAGUACCACGAGGUGCCACGCUUCGCGUGCGACGGCGCCGAGAACCCGUUGUUCCGCAAGGCCGCGCAGUACGUGGCGGCGCUGCCGUCGCUCGAGGACGCCGACGCCGCCUCCGUGCUGUCGUCGUCAUCGAGGACCAACGGCGGGUUCUCGCUGCAGCUCGGCCCCGGGCACACCGCGCGGGACGCCUUCCUCGGCGCGCGCCUCGCGUGGACCAACCGGGAGGAGGACGGCCGCGAGGUGCUCGUGCUGCGCGUGCGCCGGCAUGACCGGACGCGCGUGCUGCGGCCGUACCUGCAGCACGUCGAGUCCGUCGCCGACGAGAUGGAGCUCCGGCGACGCGAGCUGCGCCUGUUCGCUAACACCGGCGUGGAUGGGAGCACCGGGACGCCCAGGUGGGCAUCGGCACCGUUCACCCACCCGGCGACGCUUGACACGGUGGCCAUGGACCCCGACCUCAAGGCUCGCGUCCGCGCCGACCUGGAGAACUUCCUCAAAGGCCGCGCCUACUACCACCGUCUCGGGCGAGUGUGGCGCCGGAGCUAUCUCCUCUACGGCCUACCUGGCACCGGCAAGUCGACCUUCGCGGCGGCUAUGGCGCGGUUAUUGGGCUACGACAUCUACGACAUCGACCUCUCCCGCGCCGGCAGCGACGACCUCCGCGCGCUGCUCCUGCACACCACACCGCGGUCACUCAUCCUCGUGGAGGACCUUGACCGGUUCCUGCAGGGCGGCGGGGAUGCGGAGGCGAGGGCCGCGAGGGUGCUGAGCUUCAUGGACGGCGUGGCGUCGUGCUGCGGCGAGGAGCGGGUGAUGGUGUUCACGAUGCGCGGCGGCAAGGAGGGCGUCGACGCGGCGGUGGUGCGGCCGGGGAGGCUGGACGUGCACAUCCAGUUCACGCUCUGCGACUUCGAGGCGUUCAAGGCGCUGGCCAGCAACUACCUCGGCCUCAAGGACCACAAGCUGUACCCGCAGGUGGAGGAGAGCUUCCACUCCGGCGCGCGCCUCAGCCCCGCCGAGCUCGGCGAGAUCAUGCUCGCCAACCGCUCGUCGCCGAGCCGCGCGCUGCGCAACGUCAUCACCAAGCUCCAGCACGUGUCCGGGGCGGCGGCGCCACCGCGGCCACCGCACAGGCGGAAUACGAGCUGGUCCGGUGCGGGCGGGCCGUGGGAUGAGCAGUCCGCGCGCACCAGCGCAGACACGGCAGACGCCGGCGAGGAGGCGGUCACGGCACCGGCGGCGUGCGGGGUGUUCGCGAAGGACGCGCCGAUGAGGGAAUUCAAGAAGCUGUACGGGCUGAUCAAGAUCAGGAGCCGGAAGGAGGCCGCCGGCUUCAUGCCCCUGCAAGACGGCGAGACGCCGGCGCCGGCGAACGGCCGGGGCAGCGAGCUCGACAAGGAGCGAUGAUUAUUAAUUAAUUACGCAAAUUGUAGAGUGGUUGUUACCCGUUAGUAAGAGUACCCAUCAAACAAAAAAAUAUUUUUGAUUUUUUUUACCGUGCUUUUUUACUUCGUGAUAGACAAGUACCGUAGUUGUAGAUUUGUAGUUACUUCGCCUUUUUAUCGUGGUUGAAGAAAUUAACAACAAAAUGGACGGAGAUAAGGAUUGGGUGAUGUACAAAUUGUACGUUAGGAUUGUGUGGUUUAAAGCUUUUAAUUCGAUCAAACAAUUAUGAUGCAUGGAAAUCAAACAGUAGGGGGAGAGAAAAUCUUCAAAUUGCAUAGAGAACAGUACAAACAUGUCAUCAGUUUUGCUAUUGACCAGUCAAUUUUCCCCUCUUAAUCUAGACUUAUCCGUUGAUUAAGGUAUAAAUUUUAUAUAUAUCUAGAUUUAUUAGUAUUAAUAUGAGUCAGAAAUUUUUAUUAUGAAACAGUUAUGUUAUGAAAAAGAUGUAAUAUUAGUUAUCAGUUCUGCAGGCAGGGGGUGAAAAUGAUACAAAAGCUUCCAACACUAUCGAUAUUGUUAAAUUUUGAUAUAUUUUCGAGCAUUCUGUUUA